AUGUCCCUGGCGGCCAUCUUCGUCUUCCUCCUUGUCUCCGCGGUGCAGAUGCUCGAGUGCGUCCUCGAUCUCGCGAGAAGGAGGGGAUCAAUUUCUGACGAUCAGCUCAAACUACGGAUGGAGAUCACGCAACUUCUCAAGGAGGCCAGUGCACUAUCCACGCCCUCGACGUUUGCGCAGGCCGCAAAACUCAAGAGACUGGCUGCUGCUAAAGAGAAGGAGCUGGCAAAGAUACAAGAUCUGAACAUUAAAGGAAAGCAAUCUUUACACGAACAACAUGACAAAAUUUUGUUGGUCAGCAAGGUUCUAAUCUAUGGCGUGCUCAUUCAGUGGUUUUGGAGUACUCCUGUAACUACUGUUCCUAAGCACCUUCUCCAGCCAUUCGGAAGGUUGUUUUCCUGGAGAGGUGUAGAUGCUGCUACAGGCCGUGUUGUGGUUGGAAUUCUCCCAUGGCUAUUUUUGACCUCUCGUGUCAGCAAGCUGCUGAGUGAGAAACUUGCGCCCAUAUUUCUGCAUCCUUAG